AUGAAGUCUCUUGUUGCUUCCGCAGCGGCGUCGACCUUGGUGCUGCUUGCCUCUGCCAAUCAGCAGAUUCCACAAGGGGCGGUGCGCCAGGAUGGCUGGGGCAAUGCGAUAGUGAUCAAUCUGUGCUCGGAAAAUGCCUUUUACGUGCUUGACAACAAUCCUACCACAGCGACCAUUAGCCCAUCGGCGACUAUGUCAGUUCCGCUGUACACUAAAGCUGCGGACGGUGGUGGUGGAAGUAUCAAAAUGUUCACCGAUCCUAAGAUGGAUCUCUAUGCGAAGCCAGCCAGAGCUUGCACUCAAUUUGAAUUCACACCCACCAACGAGCAGGUCUUUCUCGACAUCUCGAACGUGAAUUCCAACAAUGGCGAGGGCCAGAAUGGGAAUGGGGAAUCAUGUGACGACUAUCCUCCCUUCAUGAAGGGUGGCUUGCAGCUCGUUGUCCCUGAUUUGGAGGAUAUUCUGUGCCCUCCUGGACAGAACCCUUGCAAGACCGCGUACUCAAAGUACAACGACGACUUCGCUACCACCGCUACGAGUGUUUUUCAUGACAUUAAACUACUUCUCUGUCCUAACGGAGGCUCCACCGGCGGCCAGAUUGGAAGUGGCAAGUCUGAUGGCUCAGGGACGAAGGCCGCAUCUCAAUCCGGGGAUGACCAGAACGAUCAGCAAAAGGAUCAGUCACAACAGUCGAAGGCGAACGACCAGCCCAAGAAAGACCAACAACAGUCACAAUCACAAUCACAAUCACCACCCCCGAAGCAAGAGGUAAAGGUCGAGGACAAGCACGCUCAAUCGCCAUCUCCGACGGAGGAUGACGAUGAUGUUGUUGUAGUAUCACACUAUGUCAACGCACCAGCAGUCACCGUGUACAGCUACGUAUACGCAGAAGGGGAAGGGAAUGCCGAAGAGCACAACAAAGAGAAAAGACAAGAACACGUCCACCAGCACGUACACAACAAAAUCCACAAACGAAGGCACGGUGCAUAA